GAGUUCCGCGGUACCAGUCAACACCAGAACGAUAAUGUUGGUCAGAAUGCGCGAUCUAUAAUAGUUAGUAGCAAUUUGGACAUCAGUGAGAGAAAAAGUGUUUUUGGCGAUUUCAAUCGCAUCGGCCUUCUAUCGAGUGGUUAUUUUUAUCAGAGGCAGUUUGUUAACUGCAGCCACGUACUUAUAAUGAUUAGUAACCCUAGUACCAGAUCGCGAUAGACGUCUAAGGAAGGCUGUCAUGUUUGACUUUCUAAUUCCGUUCAUGUGUCAACAUUUGCUGCUCAAGAGCCUGUUUGAAUUGAGAUGUGACAUGGAUCAACUAAGGAACAUAGAUCCAAACUACGGAGUGACCUGGAUGUUCUUGCCGGAUGAUAAGGGAACACCACAUAUUGUGGAUUUGACGAUGCCGAACGAUACUUCGGCUGAACGUGCAGGGGCCAACUGUAAUGACGAUGUCACAUUCUACAUGCACAGGCAAAACACCCGACGUAAUCCAAAAGCGUUCAAAUUCAUAAACGAUCCCGCAGCUCCACUGAUGCUUGAUUCAUCCUACGAUCCAACCCUAUCAACCAAGUUUGUGAUCCAUGGUUGGCGUAACUCCAUCAGUAGUCCCUUUAGUCAAGAAAUCAAAGAUGCGUAUCUAAUGCGACAAGAUAUGAAUGUUCUCGUGGUUGACUGGAGUCCUCUAGCGGAUGACACUUUCUACUUCAAAUCAGCAUUUGCCACACGAGACGUAGGUCGACACGUAGGUGCCCUGGUGGAUCGAAUGGUUGCGGAAAGGGGAACUGACCUUAACUCCGUACACAUCGUAGGUCACAGCUUAGGAGCCCAUACUUCAGGAUUUGCUGGAAGCUUCGUUCGGUCUGGCAAGGUUUCCCGGGUUACGGGACUAGAUCCAGCACUACCCGGUUUCCAAGAUCAGCAACCGGAUAAACUACUCGAUCCAAGCGAUGCACGCUUCGUUGACGUGAUUCACACUUGCGCUGGUUUGCUGGGUUAUGACAGAAACCUCGGUCAUGUAGACUUUUAUCCCAACGGCGGCCGAGCCAAUCAACCCGGAUGUGGAGGAAUGAAUGAUUUUACCGGUGCAUGUAGCCAUGGUCGAUCAUACGAAUACUUCACGGAGUCUAUUUUAAACAGAAACGCGUUCAUGGCGUUCUCCUGCGGCGAUAUGAAUGAUUACAAAAACAAAAACUGCCGAGCUGGAGCGAUUCCGAUGGGCGACGGAGUACCGAUAGAAGCACGAGGUACUCACUUUCUAGUUACCAAUCCACCACCGAAGUUUGGAAGGGGUAUGAAUAGUUUAUAGCUUUCAAUG